AUGAAAGGUGUUAUGUGGGGAACUGAUUAUGAAAGACAUAUACUCCACUGCUUUCAAAUACAAUACAGUAAAGUGAAGAGAGUGAGAAUUAUUGAACUGUUAUUAUGUCUUCCAUCUGAUGAUGAAAUACUCAUGUGUUGUGAUGGUGCAUCUAGAGGUAACCCAGGCCUUGCUGGAUAUGGUUUUAUUUUUAGAAAUAACUCAGGUGAUUUUGUCUUUGCUGAAUAUGGAGGAUUAGGAAUAGUCACAAAUUAUAUUGAUGAAUUCAUAGCAAGUAUAAGAGCGUUGGAAUGGGAAGUGGAAAAUCAAUGGUUCAAAGUCAUUCUUCAGUCUGAUUCAAAAGAUUGUAUUACUUCACUGACAUCCCACCAAAUUCCUUGGUUCUUAAUAGCAAGAUGGCAAAGAAUUGUGGCUGGUAUGCUUUUAAUAUCUUACAGGCAUGUUUAUAGAGAGACUAACUUCUCUGCGGAUCAUUUUGCAAAGAAAGGUGUGCAUCUUCAAAAAGGUCAGACAUUGAACUACAAAGAUAGACCAGCUUGUCUUACUCGCAUGGAGACUCCUGAUCAGUCUUACUACAAAUUUGAUUAG